CUAGACCAAGCUGUGUGGCUGCUCUGUUCUGCCAAUGUGCAUAAGGGCCGGUUGAGUCCUUGCACAAGAUCGCGCACCACGGCUCGAAGUCAUACACACUUGUGGACUGCCAGUAACUUGAACACUCACCGAACAUGGACAGUCUAAACCAGAGUAUCGCAGCCCGCAUUGAUGGCCUCCGAAGUGCCUUGUCUAGCAAGGAAGCCUUUGUGCAGGCGUUCGAAACCAAGGCUUCGGCAUCGGCCAAUGUCGACGAGAAGCGCAAUGUCUGGAAGAACGAAGAUCUUGACAUCAGCCCGAAGGCUGACCGAACGUGGAGAUGGUUCGACUACGCCAGCUUUUGGUGGACCUAUGGCUUCACGCCAGGCACUUGGAGCGUGGGAUCUUCUUUGGUAGCUGUUGGCCUUACAGGCUGGCAAUCCGUGAUCUGCAUCUUCUUUGGCUACCUCUUCGGUGCUAUUGGUGCCGUAUUGCACUCUCGCUCCGCGGCAGUGUACCAUUUCGGCUUUCCUGUCGAGUCCCGCAUUAUUUGGGGCUUGCGUGGUGCUUACUUCCCGGUCCUGCUAAGAGCGCUCACGGCUUUGAUCUGGACUGGUGUCUCUAUCAUACAGGGCGGAUACUUCACUACCAUCGUACUACGAUGCAUCUUCGGACACAGCUUCUGGAUAGGCAUCGAAAACACCAUUCCCAAGAGCGCUGGCAUCACCGUCCAGCAGCUAAUCGGCUUGAUCGUCUAUUGGAUCGCGACUUGCUGGAUUCUGAACGUUCCCGUUCCUAAGCUGCGUCGCGCAUUUGAGGUUAAGGCCGUACUCCUACCGCCAGUCACCAUUGCGUUGUUUGCUUGGUGCAUGUGGCGAGGUGCGGACGCACCGACCCGCAAGCUGAAAGGUGCUGCAGGUGUCGCACUGCAUGGCUCAGCACUCGGUUGGGCGAUGGUCGGCGGCAUCAACGCGAUUAUGGGGAAGACUUCGACUCUCGUCGUCAAUCAGCCUGAUAUCGCCCGCUACUCAAAGACGAAGUGGGCGCCUUUCUGGUCGCAGCUGAUCAGCCUACCACUCGGCAAUGCAGGCUGCGCUGCGCUUGGCAUCUUCGCAACCGUACGGAUUUACAAUGUUUGGGGAAACCUUGACUGGAACGUAUGGACGUUAUGUCAUGACAUUCUGGACCAUGAAUGGAACGCUGGGUCCCGAACGCUCAUCUGUCUGCUCAACCUGAUCUUCAUGUUUGCACAGGCGGUCGGUGAUCAAGGGGCGAACGUGAUCCCGUUCGGUGCAGAUGCUACCCUAUUGCUACCUCGUUGGCUCAACAUCAAACGAGGGAUGUGGCUUUCAUACAUUUUGGGCGUGGUGAUUUGUCCUUGGCAUAUUCUCGCAAACGCCUCGGGCUUCCUUACCUUCCUCGGCGGCUAUUCGAUCUUCCUCGGACCGAUCUUGGGCAUCUUCCUAACAGAUUACUUCGUCGUCCGCAAAGGCAACGUUUACAUCCACGAUCUCUUCGACAGCUCUGGGCGGUACUGGCACAACUACGGCAUCGGUUGGCGCCCUAUCGUGGCAUUCAUCGUUCCAGUCGCCUUUGUCCUUCCGGGCUUUGCGACUAAAUUCAAUGUGAAGUUGGAUGGCCAACUAGGAUGGUCCCGACUGUAUUCCUUCAGCUGGUUCUUCACCUGCACACUCGCCAGCGUAAUCUACUUCGCCAUUGCCUGCAUCGGCACAUAUGCGGCGGAGGAGAAGAAGAUGCCCUUUGAAGCACUUGCGUCUGAGGUAUACAUUGAGGAAGAGGAUCCUGCGUCAUCACCAGUCACUCGUCUUAGUAUGGAAGUGGAGACCAAGGUAUAGCCUGUGAUGCUGAUGUCUUGACGGGAAAUGACUGCGUGGGAUGGACACUUGAUUGACUUAAGCGCUUUCAGUUCUAAGUAGCUUUGGAAGACUUUACUAGGCCACCAGCGCAGUCCCUAUGCCUACCCACAUCGGUUCACACUGCCCCACCUUUUUGCAGAUGCUCCAUCGUAGCAUUUCGCACGUCCGUGAGUAUGUGGUAGUGUGCCUCAGGUAGCAAAGCCAACAACACCUGACUC